AUGAGCUUGCACAGAACAAGGGGUGACAAUAAUCGAAAUUCGGAUCUAUCCAGGACUGGCGGGAAAGGUUUUCCGCAGAGAAUCAAAGCAGUGAAUAGUGUGCUCAUAUUCAAGAUGAAGAGUAGCAUGCGGAUGCAGCAACAACUAAAAGGGGGUCAGUCAAAAUAA